UAGCAUGAUGGACGGAUGCCGAAUUGCCGAUGGGACUAAAAAUCAAAUAACCCCUUUGCCUCACCUUCCCUGGCUGGCAUCCCUCUCUACGAGGCUGGCUAAUCCAAUAGGAGGAGGGAGGGAGGAGAAGAAGAAAUCACCGUCGUCUAGCCGCCGCCUAGCACCUGAAUGAAUCCUGAGGAGGAGGAAAAUGAGUGACUGACACUCUCGGGUGCUGGUGUUUUAAAGCUACUGAAUAGUACUGGAUACUCACGCAUCUUCAACACCGCUAAAUUGCACCGCCAUCGGAAUCCAACACUGGGGCGUAGCCGUUACUCCUACGUACUUGCGAGUAGAGCAUGCAAUGUAUCUACUUCCCAAAAGAUUACGUAAUUUUGGAGUCAUGGAAGACGAAGGAUGGACAAUGGUGCAAAAACAUGGAAACCAAUUCAUGGUCAAUGGCCAACCAUUUUAUGUCAAUGGGUUCAACACUUACUGGCUAAUGGUCUUUGCUGCGGAUCAAUCUACGAGAGCUAAGGUUACUGAGGUUUUUCAACAGGCAUCCUCUGUGGGUCUUACGGUGUGCAGGACUUGGGCUUUCAACGACGGCCAGUGGCGAGCUCUUCAGAAAUCGCCGGCUGUUUAUGACGAGCAAGUGUUCCAGGCUUUGGAUUUCGUCAUAAGUGAGGCAAAAAAGUUCAAAAUCAGGCUUAUAUUGUCGUUGGUAAACAAUUGGGAAGCUUACGGAGGCAAAUCCCAGUAUGUCAAAUGGGGUAAAGCUGCUGGCCUAAACUUGACUUCUGAUGAUGACUUCUUCUCCCAUCCAACUCUCAAAGGCUACUAUAAGGCUCAUGUCAAGAUGGUUCUUGAUAGAGUCAACACUGUCAACAACGUAACCUACAAGGAUGAUCCAACGAUAUUUGCUUGGGAACUCAUGAAUGAGCCGAGAUGUGAAUCAGAUCCCUCUGGCAACAAGCUGCAGGCCUGGUUAGAAGAAAUGGCGGUCUAUGUGAAGAGCAUUGAUCCAAAGCACUUGUUGGAGAUUGGAGUGGAAGGUUUCUAUGGUCCCUCGACGCUCAACAGGGUUCAGUUCAACCCAAAUACCUAUGCUCAACAAGUUGGAACUGACUUUAUAAGGAAUCAUCAAAUUCUCGGGGUUGAUUUUGCUUCUGUUCACAUAUAUCCAGACUCUUGGAUUUCGCAAUCGAUCUCUGAUGCCCACAUAGACUUCACCAAAGCAUGGAUGCAAUCUCACAUUGAUGAUGCUGAGAACUUCCUUGGUAUGCCUGUUGUGUUUGCGGAAUUUGGUGUAUCAGCAAAAGAUCCCGGCUACAAUUCUACAUACCGGGACACCUUCCUCAAUACUGUGUACAAGACCCUCUUGAACUCGACAAAAAUGGGGGGAGGCGGCGGCGGGAGCCUACUCUGGCAAUUGUUUCCCGAAGGGACAGAUUACAUGGAUGACGGAUACGCGGUGGUGCUUUCAAAGUCUCCAUCAACGUCGGAUAUCGUAUCUCUUCAGUCAAGAAGGCUAAAGACCUUCAACUCCUUGUGUUCUUGGAGAUGCCACUGGGGUUGCAAGAAGCACCACCACCGCCACCCGGGGACGGGGACUACCCUCCUGUAUCAUGAUGAGCUUUAAUUAAGCUUUAGCUACUAGUACCACCUACCCACCUACUCCUGCCUUCGUGUUCUGUUCUCUUCCAAAUUACUAC